AUGUCUCGAGUCCCACCCGUACCAUUAGAAACACCGGGACUCAUCGCCGAAGAUAUCCGUGCACUACUAUGGGGCAGUCACAAGGGCCUAGAGCCCCUCAUCACCACCCUUCUCCAUGCACCUCCCGUCGCAGAAGGGUGGUCGAAGCUAAUGGGUGCGAUCCAGAUGGGCAGUACCCUGGACGAUGACUUACGGGAGAUCAUGGCACGUAGGUCCGCAAUCCUUCGUAUCGCCGCUCUCAACAAAGCUUCCUUCGAGUGGGUCCAGCACGAGACACUCGCCAGAGCAGCAGGCCUGUCGACAGAGCAGCUCGCUCGUAUUGGCGAUGUCAAAGCGUCUCAGUCUGCAUCCUCACCGGCGGGCCCCGGUCGGCUAUCUGCCAUCCAAGCCAUGGCCCUGCUUCUGGCGGACAGUAUGACCGUCAAUGUGCAGGUGGAGGACGCCAUGAUUGAUGGGCUCCGCCUGGCUUUCCUCAAUCAGGGAGACGACGAAGCGGCUGCAAAUCGCAAGGUAGUGGAGGCGAUAGCGACCUGUGCGGCGUACAACAUGGUCAGCCGCUUCCUCGUCGCGCUGGAUAUCGACGGCCGGGCCAAGGUGCCAUGUCCCGUUCCUGGAGAAGAGGCACACGUUAUCGGUGACUCGUAG